AUGACCCUGCGCUCCGCCGAGUCCCUGGAGAGCGCGGAGAGCUCCGGGGAGCGCUGGGGGCGCCCCGGGACGGCGGCGCCCGUUGCCGAGGAGUGCCGUGAGGCGGAGCAGCUGGCCGCGGCUAUGGAGGAGCUGCGGCGGGCAGGAUGGUACUGGGGCAACAUGACUGUUGCUGAAGCCAAAGAAAGGUUACAGGAUGCCCCUGAAGGGACCUUUUUGGUUAGGGAUAGUUCGCAUUCAGAGUAUCUACUGACUAUAUCGGUAAAAACAUCAGCGGGACCGACCAAUCUACGUAUAGAAUAUCAAGAUGGCAAGUUUAGACUGGACUCCAUCACUUGUGUCAGAUCUAGACUUAAACAGUUCAACAGCGUUGUGCAUUUGAUUGAGUACUAUGUUCUCAUGUGCAAGGAUAGAACUGAAACACCUUCAAAUGGAACAGUUCAUCUUUACUUGAACAAACCCCUCUAUACAUCUGCUCCAUCUCUGCAACACCGCUGCAGAAUAGCUAUAAACAAGAGCACAAAUCAGAUCUGGGAGCUGCCAUUACCAACAAGGCUAAAAGAGUACUUGAAAGAGUAUCAAUACCAGGUAUAAAUAUAUUUUCUGAAUGCCUCUAACGCAGAGUAACUUUUGAAUUCAAUUCUUAAGAUUGGCCAAAGAACUAAGUAACAAGUUGUACAACUCGGCAUGGAAUUCACUAUCAAAACAGUGGCAGUUCUGGGGGAAAGGUUCUUAUUUCAGAUGCUACAAAGGGAGACUUUAUGUACAAUAAUCCCAGUUUGCAUCGCUGGGGGUUCGACAAGUGGCAUGCUAUUCUUGCAAGGAGAGAGAAGCCAGGAAUCUGUCCAGAUUGUGUUGAUUUGUCAAUAAAAUUCUGCACUAUCAAAUGCUUACUGAAGCAGUGGGACAGGGAGAGACUUCAUAAGUGGUCAGAAACAUAUGAGAGUUUACAAGUAUCUCAGUUGUCUGAUUCCAAGAUUAAUUUGGUGCUGGUGUUCAUAUAAUCCUAAAAGCUUAACUAGAUCACACUGUGAUAAUCUUGCUAACAUUAUGCAACUAAUCAAAUCCAGUCAGAAAAAUGAUCAUGUAUCCAGGUUUUUGGGGUUUUUUUACUCUCCUGUUUUUCUGCAAGUGAAGGAGUACUGUAAGUACUCAGUCUGAAACAUUGUUUUUCAAAGCUCUCUGAAAGCUGACCUUAAGAAGAAAUGCCACAUCUUUCACAGGAACCCAGUAUAUUGCUGAUUGUACCAGACUGGUAUCCCAGAAUCCUUAACAUGUUAACAUCUUCAGAGUGGUGAUGUAUCCAUGCUAUUAUUGUUAUUAUUAAGCCUCUUUUGGUUGAGGCUUUAGAACUAUAUGCUUCAGACUUUCUUCAGACAGUUCCAAUGUCAAAACACGAAUAUCAGCAGUUACAUGUGUCUUCUACAGUGUAGAAUGUUUUUUUUCAGCCUGUUUCCCUAAAUAUGGGGAAAUACGAUGUGGAUUUUUUUAAUGGGUUGGUUUUCCUUUCUCUUCUUUUUUUAUUUUCUUUUUCUUUCUUUCAUUUUAUUUUAUUUUAUUUUUUAACUUCCAAAUCACCAUUGUAGCUCUCAGAUGAUUACUCAAUAAAGUAAAUCAAAGUGCACAACAAUCUCCCAAUCUUUGUAUGUAUGGAUUUGCUACUAUUCAGGAAAGAGUGCUCUUAUAAAGGAACUUAUAUCAUUUCCCAGCUA